ACUCCUGGAAUACACCGACUAAUUCUUUCCUUCAAGGCCCUCCUUUCUCUCUCAUCGAACCUUCUUCCCAUCUCUCCCUUUCGUGGAUUCACGUACAGCUCCUUCUCGGUGGUUCUUCUUCUGCUGCUAGUCUGAGAGGAUUGGCUAUGCGAAUACCAUGAUUCCUGCUUCCAUGAGCGUAUGUGUGAAGAAUGUUGGUGGAUUGAGUGGGUGUAUUCAGAGACAGAUGGGCAGAAGUGUCCGUGGUGUGGUGUCACAAGGACAACCAACCCCCAGCUGUUUUUGUCACAAUACUGGGCACUCAAAAACGAGCAAUGUCAGCUUUUCUGUAACAAGGAGACUCUCUCGAUCUUCUGUUGUUAGCUUCCAGACAUCUCAGGGCAGUUGCUUCCAGCUGGGCAUUCGCCAGCAAAGGGGUAAUUCGUGUUCAUUAGCACUUAAAGAUUCAGUCAAUGCUGAAGGAUCUGUUAAGCACCUCCUAGAAAUUUCAUCACCACGACAUAGUAUGAGCAUGAGAUUCUUGUUACCGACACAAAGAGUGUUUUCAAAGAUCAAGUGCGAUGUGGGGCCAAUAUCUAGGAAACGAGGAUGUGCUUCUGCUGGCUUCGCAUUUAGUAUGUUGGCUUGCUAUUCAAGUUAUAAACCAAUAUAUGCCGAAGCAGAUGGAGGAAAGGAGGACAGGGAAGAUGGAUGUGAUUUGUCAUACGUUAAAUCCUCACAUGGGAAGAGAGUUUACACCGACUACAGGGUAAUUGGAGUUCCUGGAGAUGGGAGAUGUUUGUUCCGCUCUUUGGCUCAUGGGGCUUGUUUACGAUCUGGGAAAACAGCUCCGAAUGAGAGGCUUCAGAAAGAAAUAGCAGAUGAGUUGCGAGCUAGAGUUGCUGAUGAGUUUAUAAAAAGAAGGGAAGAGUCAGAGUGGUUUGUAGAAGGUGAUUUUGAUUCAUAUGUUUCACAAAUGAGAAAGCCGCAUGUAUGGGGUGGUGAACCCGAAUUGUUCAUGGCGUCACAUGUUCUACGGAUGCCUAUCACCGUCUACAUGCGUGAUGAUGACGCGGGCGGACUGAUAUCAAUUGCCGAGUAUGGCCAGGAAUAUGGCAAAGAAGAUCCAAUCAGGGUUCUCUAUCACGGUUCUGGUCAUUAUGAUGCACUGCAAAUCCCUGGAAGGAAGGGUGGUAAAUCUAAACUUUAACUAUACGUUUUUGGCUGAAAGGGGUAUUGACAAUUGUAUCAGUUUUUCAUGUACUAGAUGUGCAUCAAUUGAAUAUAUAUUUCCUUUCAAAGGAUUUUAAUAUAUAGCAGUGUUACAUCUCCCAAUA